AUGAAGUUCUCAACCGCAGCCAUUGCCGUCCUGGCAGGCGUCGUCGUCGCGGCCCCCACGUCCGAGGUCGCCCGCGGCCGCCAGCGCCGCGCCAACGACGGAGGCGGCGAAGUCAUCCAGCACCUGCAGUCCGCCCUUAACCGCAAAAGCGCCGAGGGCACCCCAUCCAUCCUGAGCCGCGACGGUCUCAUCAACGUCUUCGAUUCUAGCAAGCGCAAGCGCGGCGGCGGCGGCCGCGGCGGCGGCGGCCAGCAGGCUGCCGGAGCUGGCGGUGCCAAAGCCAAGGGCGGCAACCAGAAUAACAACAACGCCGGCGGCGAGGAAGACGCUGCUGCUGGAGGCGGCAACGCCGGCAACGACGCCAACAAUGAGGAAAAUGCUGCCGCCGGCGGAGGCGCUGCCAAUGAGGAAGAAGCCGCCGCUGGCGGCAAUGCCGGCAAUGAGAAGAACGCAGGCAACGGCAAUAACAACAACAAUAACAACGCCGACAACGCCAACGAGGAAGAUGCCGCUGCUGGUGGCAACAAUAACAACAACGCCAACGAGGAAGAUGCUGCCGCUGGUAACGAAAACAAUAACAACAACGCAGAGGAGGCGGCUGCAGGUGGAAACAACAACAACAACGCAGAGGAGGAGGCAGCCGCAGGUGGAAACAACAACAACGCAGAGGAGGAGGCAGCCGCAGGUGGAAACAACAAUAACAACAACAACAACAACGCCAAUGAGGAAGAUGCCAAUGCCGGUAACGGUAAUGCUGCCAACGAGGAGGAUGCCGCUGCUGGCGGCAAUGCCGGCAAUGAGAAGAACGCAGGCAACAACAACAACAACAACAACAACGCCGACAACGCCAACGAGGAAGAUGCCGCUGCUGGUGGGAACAAUAACAACAACGCCAAUGAGGAGGAUGCCGCCGCUGGCGGCAAUGCUGGCAAUGAGAAGAACGCAGGCAACGGUGGCAACAACAACGCCGAGGAUGAGGCAGCUGCUGGCGGAAACAACAACGAUAACGCCAACGAGGAAGACGCCGCCGCCGGCGAUGAAAACAACAACAACAACAACAACAACAACGCCGGAGAUGAUGCCGGUGCCGGUGCCGGUGCGGGUAACAAUGCCACCGCCAACGCCGGCAACGCUGGCAACGCCGCCGGGGCCGGAGCCGGAAAGGGCAAGAAGUCAAACAAGGCCGGGCGCUCCCUCAAGCUCUACACCGCGCGCAAAGUUGCACGCGGCCGGUCCGUCUUCACUGCUGCUGCCGACGGCAACGGCGGCGAUGGCGAUCGCUCUAAUAGGGGAGACCGCGGCGGCUCCGACGACUCUGAUGAUGCCGACGGCUCCGACAAGGACAAUGACAAUGCCGAUGCUCGUGGCCGGGGCCGGGGCCGGGGAGCCAGGGAUAAAGACAAAGACGGGAGCCGGGACAAGGGCGGGUCGUCCUCAUCGUCUCGUAAGGGCGGAGGCACGCGUCCCAAGGGCGACGGGAGGCCCGACCGGUCAGGCGACGGGUUCCGGGCGGAAGAGAGUUUCGCGGUGGUCGGCCGGCCGGAUGGUCCCGGGUCCGGGCUCGGGUUUAUCGAGCUGUCGCAGUUUUACGAGAUUUUGUGUGACGAGUAA